GCCCCAACGACCUCACGCCCCUCGCCCCCCCCCCCCGCCCCCCCCCCCCCCCCCCCCCGACCCCUGUGCUCCUGCUCCUCUCCCGUCGGCGCGGACGCUGCUGCUGCGAGCUGGAUCUCGCGGCGCGGGGGAUGGCGCCGUCCUCGUCCUCGUCCUCGGCGGGCUCCCACGCGGGCCUCGCCAUCGCCGCCACCGCCAUGGCGCUGUCCGGCACGCUCGUCCUCUACUCCCUCUGCCGCGCCAAGCAGCCGCAGCUGGUCCCCUCCGCCGACGCCGACGCCGCCGGCGCUCCGUCUCCUCGCCUCCGGCCGUGCCUCUCCUCGUCCGAGAAGCGGAAGAAGCGGGACAAGGCGCGGCGCGGGGGCAAGAAGCGGGUGCGCUUCGCGGACGACGUCGUCGACACUAAUGGCGCCGCCCCCCGCGCGGCGGCGGCGCGGGAGGCCGAGCCGUCGUGCGCCGCGGCGGCCAUGCCGGCGAACCGGGAGGCGCUGUACCGCGGCAUGCUCCGCGGCCGCUCCAUGCUCAGGGUCGCCUGCUCCUACUAGCCCCGCCGCCGCCUGCACCCCAACCAACCAAGCCUAGUUAACCGCUCCAUUAAUCUAGCUUCUCCUGUGUGUGUUGCCGGCGCUAGCUGCUAAUUGCCCCCGAUUGGAUUGAUCGCUCACUCGCCCAUUGUUGGGAAGUUUUGUAAUUAGUGGCCGUCCCGUACGCCGCGAGGGAGCUAAUGAUGAUCCGUGCGUGCGUGUGUUGGUGCUGUUGUAUUCGCUGCUUCCUUGUAGAUUACUGUGUACUACUACUCUGCAUUCCGAGUGAUCAUCAGUGAACGAUUCUUCGCAGCUCCAAGCUCAAA